AUGAAUUAUUAUUGCUUGCAACAUCAUUGCUUACCAGAGAAUUUUCACUUCACGAAAGCUUCUGGCAUUGAUGACGUCCAUCUUCUGCAAAAUGCGCAGCCUGACCAAAAUAUCCCUCAACACGUCAGGGAUUAUUUUUCAUUGAGCUCAAAGGGAAAGCCACUUAUGAAAAUUUUGGAUAAUGAAAGAAUCUAUAUGAAAUGAAGAAGAGUGGGAAACAGACGAUUAUGUCGAAGUUCCGGAGUUGCAAAAUCACAAGUUCGAACGUUUGAAUAUUUGAAAUGUACUUACAUUUUUUAUUGAAAAGACAUAUAGUAUCUGAAAAAAAUA